AUGCCCCACACACUUGGCAAUUUCCUGGGAGACACUAAAGCAGUAUUAAAUGGCUGUAAAGACCACUGGACCCUGCAGGACAGGGCAGCCAUGCCUCUCCUUUAUAAGAUAACCAUAUGUGUGGACAUUCGUGUGGUCGUCCCUGGUGCCUGGGUGGCCUUCUCUUACAGAACAGUCUACGCACCUAGGCCUGAAUUAGGCCUAGAGGGAGAUGACGAGGCAAUAUACGGUUGGCUGCUAGGAGUCCGACACCAAUUUCCUCUGCAGCUGUCCCCAACACUGUGGCACAGAGUCUGUCUGAGGAGGGAUGUAAAGGGCAACACUUUUAGUCUGGAGGUUGAUGGGCACAUUGUGACAAAGAGGACAGUCAUUGCUCAGGCCAUCCCCCCCUCUGGCUCUCUGUGGCUGGGCUGCCGUCCCAAUAGCCGACCCCCAGAGUCUAAGCUCGGAAAAGUGGAGCUGUACUUGUUUCGUGUGUGGGGGGACUUGGGUGAUCAUGGGCUCUGCGAGGACGGCACCGUGAUUGGCUGGAACGCCCAAUACUGGGGAGUGACCAGUCCCGGCGCGAGGCAGAUAGACCACAACCUUCUGUGUGACCACAAACGGUUGAAACGUGGGAUUCGUGUUUACAGAAGCGCUACUGACGUCACUGCAUCUGGAGGUGCCCAGUCCCUGUUGUCUUCAUCUGUUUCCUCAACACAGAGUCUUUCAGCAACUGUUUCACCUGAAACCACUGAUCACAUUGUCAGCACAGGCACCACACCUCCUCCCCUAAGAUCAGCCCCGCCCGUAAAUACCAGUUCAGCCAAUCAGAUCUCAACAAGCACCCCUGUGCCUUCAAUCAAAGCUCUGCCUGCCAAUCAAAGCACCCCUGGAGGAUUAUUCACAUCAGGAUCUCCCAGAUUAGUGAAAUGUGAUGCCCGCCAACUUUGUUCCAAUAAAAGUGCUUACUAUUGGAUGCCCAUAAGCAUAGAGGGUAAUAAGACUCAGCAAGAUGUCUACAACAUGGUAGUUGAAGUGUCCUGUCGUGCAACAAUGAACAUAAGCCACACAGCCUGCGAUGUGGUGCUGCUGCUCAGCUAUGCUGUCUCAGCGUGUGAACUGCAGCGAGCUGGAGACUCUGCACUGCAGCAAGCUGGAGGACUAAUGCAAGCAACAAUCAUAGGAGAGGUGGAGAGAAUCGGUCGAAAUCUUUGUGAAGAUGUGGAGCCCUCCAGUGGCGGUUUUGUGAGAUGCAAUUCCACAUCUUCUUUGGAUGAUAUCUGUCAAUCAAACAAAUCCUCCACACUCACAUGCUUCCUCUUAGAGCCCAACUCCAACUUAGCUCCUCAAACGAAGACAGAUUCAUGCAGUAGUCAGUUUUACACCUUUAGAAUCAAUAUUAACAAUAAUGCUGUUAACAUUCAGUCCCUGAAAAACUUGUUACUAAAGCCUGCAACCCUCCAGUGUCCCACAAGUACACAGUGCAACAAUUACAAUAAUAUCAUAAAGCAGUAUCAGGGCGUUCAUCUAGAAUGUCAUGGGACAUCGCAGAGGUUGUACAGCUGUAUGGUGAUACUGGAGAUGUCCGGACCCGUUGACGUUUGCUCCCUAAAGCAACUCGUGCAACAGAUUUUUGUGGACAAUUCCAUCACAGCUGAAAGUUCGCCGACUCGCCUGAUGGUGUGUGGGACUCCUGGUUUGCCUAUCAGCACACUGUUGGACUCCAACCUGACCUGGGUCGCCAGUGACCUGCUGAGCUCACAUGUUUGCCAGUCUGAUCCCACCCUUCUAACAUGUGAAGCCAGCGAGACACUUGCUGUUCUUCUGACUGACAGCUGCCCUUCAGACACUUCAGCUGCUCCAAGCACAACACAACCUUCCACUCUGACUAACAGCAUUACUACAGCUAACAACUCUGUGACCAAUACCAGUGGAGACAUUUAUGCAACAACUAAAAAUACAGCACAAAAACCAGAAAACACGACAGGCUCACAAGCUGCUACCAGUGCUCAGUCCUCAACAGCACAACCUGUUCUCCAGACUGGAACUAUGUUCAAUUACACAACAGUACAAAAUGCUUUAUCUAGCGAAACCCGACUAGCCAACACCAUGAAAAAUGCCAACAAUAUGACAGUACAAAACACAACUGCUGUGCCUGAUUCAAUGCUUAACACUAGCAGCAAUUACACAACACUGGACAAUGCAACUACAGCUGGUGACAUUUAUACAACUGCAUACAGUUCAACCACACCAACCAAGAAUGACACGGCAAUGUACAAUGCAGCUACAGCUGUGAAUAAUGCAACCAAAGCUAGCAGCAAUCGCACAACACUGGACAAUGCAACUACAGCUGGCGACACUUAUAAAACUGCAUACAGUGCAACUACAACUGGCAACAGUGACACGGCAGUGUACAAUGCAACUACAGCCGGCAACAAUUAUACAACUGCGUACAGUACAACUGCACCUGGCAACAAUUAUAAUGCAACUACAGUUGGCAACAAUUACACACCAAUGUACAAUGCAACUACAGCUGCUAACCAAAAUGACACAGUAACUGCAUCUGGCAGCAAUUACACAACAGCAUACAAUGAAACCUCAGCUGGCAACAAUUACACAACUGCAUAUAGUGGAACCACACUGACCAAGAAUUACACAGCAAUGUACAAUGCAAGUACAGCUGGCAACAAUUUGAACGUAACAACAACUAACCAGAAUUACACAACAGUUAAUAAUGCAACCACACUUGCCACUAAUUUCACAAUAGUGUAUAAUGCAACCACAGCUAGCAGCAAUCGCACAACACUGGACAAUGCAACUACAGCUGGCGAUACUUAUACAACUGCAUACAGUGCAACCACACCAAGCAAGAAUGACACGGCAAUGUACAAUGCAACUACAGCUGGCAAAAGUUUUAGUACAACUACAGCUAACAAUAAUUACACAACAGUCAACAGUACAACUACAGCUGGCAACAAUUAUAAUACAACUACAGCUAGCAAUAAUCACAAAGCAGUGAACAAUGCAACUACAGCUGGGAACAAUUAUACAGCUCCGUACAGUACAACUGCACCUGGCAACAAUUAUAAUGCAACUACAGCUGGCAACACUUUUAGUACAACUACAACUAACAAUAAUUACACAACAGUCAACAGUACAACUACAGCUGGCAACAAUUAUAAUGCAACUACAGCUAGCAAUAAUUACACAGCAAUGAACAAUGCAACUACAGCUGGCGACACUUAUACAACUGCAUACAGUGCAACCACACCAAGCAAGAAUGACACAGCAAUCUAA